AUGGUCACCAUGUUCCUCAGGCGACACUCGUCCUCCAUUAGAUGCAUCACCUUGCUGGAGUUUGAAGGACAGAAGAAGGGAGGAGGAAAACUAGGAGACAAUAAGUGUGACGAGGCCCUCGCCGCCCCCCUGCCUCACACAGCCUUCACCAGCUCGUCUGUCUUCUCCAACGGAUAUGCCCCUGGAUAUGCCAAGCUCAACAGGAGAGGAGGUGCUGGUGGCUGGUCACCUCUGGACAGCGACCAUUACCAGUGGCUCCAGGUGGACCUGGGCUCCAGGAAGCAGGUGAGCUCCGUGGCCACGCAGGGCCGCUACAGCAGCUCCGACUGGACCACGCGGUACCGCCUCCUCUACAGCGACACGGGCAGGAACUGGAAACCAUACCAUCAGGACGGCAACAUCUGGGCCUUCUCCGGAAACUCGAACUCGGAGAGCUCGGUUCGCCACGAGCUGCAGCCGGGGAUCGUGGCUCGCUUCCUGAGGCUCGUCCCGCUGGACUGGAGCGAGGAGGGACGGAUCGGUCUGCGCAUAGAGGUGUACGGCUGCUCCUACUGGGCCGGUGUGAUCAACUUUGAUGGACUGGGUGUGAUCUCAUAUCGUUUUAAGGUGAAGAAGAUGAAGAUCAUCAAAGAUGUGAUCGCACUGAGGUUCAAGACGUCAGAGAGUGAGGGAGUGAUUCUCCACGGGGAGGGCCAGCAGGGGGACUACAUCACUCUGGAGCUGCGCAUGGCCAAGCUGCUGAUGCAGAUCAACCUGGGCAGUAAUCAGUACGGCUCCAUCCUGGGUCACACCUCUGUGACCACCGGCAGCCUCCUGGACGACAACCACUGGCACUCAGUGGUGAUCGAACGCUACCGACGUAACGUCAACUUCACUCUGGACCGACACACUCAGCACUUCAGGACCAACGGAGAGUUUGACCACCUCGAUUUGGACUAUGAGUUGAGUUUUGGUGGAAUGCCGUACAGUGGAAAGCCCGUUGGAGCCGGGAGGAAGAACUUUAAAGGCUGCAUGGAGAGCAUCAACUACAACGGAGACAACAUCACAGACCUGGCCCGCAGGAAGAAGAUAGACACGUCCAGCUUUCGCAACCUGUCCUUCUCCUGCAUGGAGACACACUCCUUCCCGGUGUUCUUCAACGCCACCAGCUUCCUGCAGCUGCCGGGACGAGCCAAUCACGACACUUUAUCUGUCAGCUUCCAGUUUCGUACCUGGAACCCCGAAGGGCUCCUCUUGUUCAGUAAUCUGGACGACGGCACGCUGGAGAUCUCUCUGGAGGACAGCAAGGUGGGGGUUCAUCUCAACAUGACGCAGGAGACCGGAAACCAGCGAGUCGACCUAUCAUCAGGUUCAGGCCUCAACGACGGCCAAUGGCACGCCAUACGUUUGGUUGCCAGGGAGAACUUUGCCAUGUUGACUAUAGAUGGCGAGGAGGCGUCUGCAGUGCGCUCCACUUCUCCUCUCACCAUCACCACGGGAGGAACCUACCACUUAGGAGGGUAUUUCCUCCAGACGCUCUUCCCGCCCUCGCAGCGCUCCUUCCAGGGCUGCAUGCAGGCGAUCCUGCUGGACGACCAACCGGCUGAUAUGCAUGCGGUGGAGAAAGGCAUUAUGGGUGCUUUUGAGAACGUCAGCCUGGAUAUGUGCGCAAUCAUAGACAGGUGUAUGCCUAACCACUGUGAGCACGGCGGCCGCUGUAAGCAGACGUGGGACAGCUUCAGCUGCACCUGCGAUGGAACGGGAUACACUGGGGCCACCUGCCACACCUCUAUCUAUGAGCCGUCCUGUGAGGCCUAUAAGCAUCGUGGCCGGUCUUCUGACACCUACUGGAUCGACCCUGACGGCAGCGGACCCCUCGGCCCCUUCAAAGUCAAUUGCAACAUGACAGAGGACAAAGUGUGGACGACAGUUAUGAACAACCUGCCGCCCAAAACUGCAGUGACGGGCUCCAGCAGAGAGAGACGCACCGUCCUGCAGGUCAACUACAGCGCCUCCAUGGACCAGGUGACAUCCAUCACCACCAGUGCAGAGUACUGCGAGCAGCUGAUCUCCUACAGCUGUCGCAUGUCCCGACUGCUCAACACUCCAGGUGAGACGCAUCUUUAUUCACCGCUGACUCGAGAACACAUCACCGACGGAGGCAGGCUGUUCUGUUCGUCACAGAGCCAGAAU